UCAACCGGCUAGGGUUCUGCCGGGGUCCGACCCAGCCUCGCAGUCGCAGGUAGGGCUGCAGGCUCCCCCUCGCUGCCGCGGCGCCUAUCCCCCGCCGCCGCCGUCGUCGUCGCCGCCAGCUGCAGCUCUCCGCCCGCGACGUCUAUCCCGGUCCGUCUCCGCCCCGCGCGCUCGCCGGUCGGUCCGCACCCUGCGCCAAACUACUUGUCGACCUCUCAGGUUCUUUAGAAGAAAAGAGGAAAAUCAUACAUGGAUAUCAUGCAGACAAGUGAUUCUUCCCAAUAUGGAGUUGUAGAAAACAGCCCAUAUAGAUUUCCCUAUAAUAAACGUGUGGAAGAUGGCAACCUUGGUGCUUCGUGGUAUUUUAGUAGAAAAGAAAUAGAGGAGAAUUCCCUUUCAAGAAGAGAUGGCAUUAGUCUGAAGAAGGAGUCUUUCCUUCGCAAGUCAUACUGCACUUUUCUUCAAGAUCUGGGAGUGAGGCUUAAAGUGCCUCCAGUGACAAUUGCUACAGCUAUUGUAUUCUGUCAUCGUUUUUUCCUUCGACAAUCUCAUGCCAAAAAUGAUAGACUGACAGUAGCCACAGUUUGCAUGUUCUUGGCGGGUAAAGUUGAAGAAACACCCAUACCCCUGAAGGAUGUCAUACUAAUUUCUUAUGAGAUCAUCCACAAAAAGGAUCCUGGUGCUGUUGCUCGAAUUAAGCAAAAGGAAGUCUAUGAACAACAGAAGAAACUUCUUUUAAUUGGGGAGCGUGCUGUGCUUGUAACACUUGAUUUUGACUUCAAUGUGCAUCACCCAUACAAGCCCUUGGUUGAAGCAAUAAAAAAACUCAAGAUUGCUCAAAAGGAACUUGCUCAAGUUGCCUGGAGUUUUGUCAAUGAUGGGCUGUGUACAUCUCUUUGCCUGCAAUUUAAGCCCCAACAUAUUGCGGCCGGCGCAAUCUUCCUUGCUGCAAAGUUCCUUAAAGUCAAGCUUCCAGCAGAUGGUGAGAAGGUCUGGUGGCAAGAUUUUGAUGUAACCCCGUGGCAGUUGGAAGAGGUUAGCAACCAAAUGAUGGAGCUCUAUGGGCCACCACCGUCUCAAGGGAAUGAUACUAAAAGCAGCUCUGCAGGUUUAGCCAAUCAACAUGCCCUGGAGAAAGCUCCUGGAGCUGCUGAGGAGCCUCCUGCGCAUAAAAAUCAUUCAGCAUCCAGACAACCGAGCUUGCCAGACUGCCAUGGACAUAGCCAGCAUGACCCUGAAAGGCAAGGCUCAAACCAGAGGAUAGCACAAACCGAAGAGAGGGAUGGCACUGCCACUAGCAAUGAAGGCCUCAAUACGUCGCCAUCAGCGAUGGAUGCAGUGGAAAAGAUAAACAAGGAUCAUCAGAACGUCGCUCACACGGCAGAGGACACCGAGGAGGGCGGGCUGUGCCAUUCUCUCGAGCCCGGCAAUCCAAAGCGGAAGGAGCACAGGAGCCACGAUCACAGCGGCGAGAGGGACCUUAAGAGGUUGAGGUCAUAAAAGGAAGUAUUCAUAACCACCCUGGGUAGAAUGAUCGGCAGAGUGGCAUUGGGCUAAUGCAACAACCAGGGUGAAAACCUAUUUGUUUUUUCUCUGUUGCAGGAGCUGCUAUCUCGGUCCUUGCUGGUCAUGUCGGGAGUUUUGAACCGUGAUUCGAGAAUAUGGUUUCCUAUACAGACACAGUGCGUGCAUGUUCGUGUGUUGAUGUUGUGGAAACGUUGGGCGGCUGGUCCGUGAUGCGAGAAUUAUGCAGGCCUGAGAAACAUUAGUCAUACACAA